CUCUUCCUGUUCAUUCAGUGGCUUUUUGGGUGUCAAUGAAUUGCGAGGGCUGAGCUUGUGAUGCGUUUUGAGCGAAGUGUAACCACAGGAAGCCCAUGCCACACUUGUGAGAGCAGAGGGGAGGAGGAAGAUGCACACUUUUCGCGUCAGUCUCUCCGCAAGCGAGGGGAAGAGCUGAAUCGACGGAGUUGUGUGUGUGCGCGGAGAGACGGAGUCCGAGUUACUUCUUCUAACCCCUCAAGCCUGCCCCAAGGGUCAUGUUCGUGUCCAAAGCUGUCAGCCGGCUGAGCCGCAAGCGGCCACCUUCAGAAAUUCAUGAUAAUGAUGUGCGUGCAACUGAUAGCCAACAGAAGGCAACAGGAACCUCCAAGUGGGCUAUUUCAUUAGAAAAUCUCCUGGAAGAUCCAGAAGGAGUAAAACAUUUCCGGGAUUUUUUAAGGCGCGAAUUUAGUGAGGAAAAUGUUUUAUUCUGGUUGGCAUGUGAGGAGUUCAAGAAUAUUCAAGACAAACAGCUGCUUCAUGGUAAGGCACAACAAAUCUACAAAACCUUUCUGUGCAGUAAGGCCGCAACACAGGUAAAUGUGGAGGGACAGUCUCGAAUCAGUGAGAGCAUGUUGGCACAACCGCAUCCAUUCAUGUUUCAGAAACUGCAAGACCAGAUAUUUACUCUUAUGAAAUAUGACAGUUACAAUCGUUUUCUGAAAUCUGAUUUAUGCCAGCAAGUCAAGCAACUGGAAGAAAGUGGAAAGACUUCCCUAGAUUCUGAUGAAACUGUACCGAAGAGGGCAUCCAGGAUUUAUAAUCGAUAACUAAACUUGUGGACUAGCUUCAUAACAAACGUGUGCUUUCUUAGCUUUACUUGCUAAUGGACUGUAAUGAUGCCUAUUGGUUAAGUGUUGACUGUGUUGGAGAAAAGCAUGCAUGUAAUCUCUGUAAAUUAUGGUACUGAGUAUUCUCAGGUAGGAUACAUGUCAACACAGGGAGAAAGUGAGGACUGCAGAUGCUGGAGAUCAGAGCUGAAAAUGUGUUGCUGGA